CUUUCCUUUCAUGAUUAUUUAUACAAUAUUGGGAACACUUGCAAAAAUCAUGUUUAUUAAAGCCCUGGAUAUUGGCAACUAAUGAAUAACUGCAGGGAAGCAACAACGUGGUUGGGGGUUUGUUUGUUUUUAAGAAGAAAAAAAAAAUCACAAAUGUCAAUCAAGAAACACUGCAAAAUAAAAUGGAACCUCCUCAGCAGCUAACCUAUUGCACAGAACUGCAGUGAAGCUUUGACAGUAUUUUCAAAGCCUUCAGGGGCGUCACUUGCAAACGUUCUGCAGCUCCUCUACUGACCAAGAAGUGUUAUAUAGCCGGAGUCUUCCUUUCCCUUACAAAACUGUCAGGCACAAAUGGGCAGAAGGAUAUUGGCUGCAAGGGACUCGGAAGCUCCUCCCAGAGACUGGAUCCUGAUAUUUUUGGAGGAUUUCUUUUAACUCAGUUACAAAUCUUAGUGAAGGAAACAAGUUACCACAGCACCAGUAGCAGACAGAGAAAUCUCUGCUUCUAGGCAGAGCAUAGCUCUCUCUCUUUAUACCUUCCUAAAGCUACCUUGGAUGUGAUUGUUCAUUUCACUUGUGGAGGAAAACUGUACUGUCUGGUGGGGGAAAAUGCUGAUACUCUGGAUGCUGGUGUGUCUGUGAAAACAAGAAGUGUAAGUGAACGAGAGAGAAGAUCAUGAGGAAAAAGAUGUUUUGAAGGGAAAAAAAAAUCCAAAACAUUUGCCUGAAAACUGAUGGUGCUUCUGGGCUCAGUGUUUUCUCUGGAGGAAAAGGUUGAAUUUGGUGCAGUGCUUAUACGGUCUAUCUAUCCAGCUGGUGAACCUUAUUGGAUGGAAAAUUCUCUAUUUUGGAUGUAACCUGGGAAAUUUUUAGGACGUUCUCCUGUUUUAUAACAUCACCAUGAAUUCAGUGGCUGGAAAUAAAGAGAGAAUUGCAGUCACAACCAGAAGCAGGAAAUACGGGGUGACCGAGCCCUGCUCCCCGACCAAGCCCGCGGCCCCCUUCUCCCCCGAGAGCUGGUACCGGAAAGCUUAUGAGGAAUCCCGGGCCGGGAGCCGCCCAGCCCCAGAGGGAGCCGGCUCCGCCCUGGGCUCGUCCGGCACCCCGUCCCCCGGAUCCGGCGCCUCCUCGCCGGGCUCCUUCAGCGGCUCGCCGGGUCCUGCCUCCCCGGGCAUCGGCAGCAGCUCGCCGGGCUCGCUGGGGGGCUCGCCGGGCUUCGGCACGGGCUCGCCGGGCUCCGGCUCCUCGCCGGGCUCCGGCAGCGGGGGCGGCUCCUCGCCGGGCUCCGGCAGCGGCGUCUGGUGCGAGAACUGCAACGCCCGCCUGGUGGAGCUGAAGAGACAGGCUCUGAAACUGCUCAUCCCCGGGCCCCUCGGCGGCAAGGACCCAGCUUUCUCUUCGGUGAUCCAUGACAAACUCCAAGUUCCCAACACCAUUCGGAAGGCAUGGAACGAGAGGGACAACAGAUGUGACGUUUGUGCCACCCACUUGAACCAGCUGAAGCAGGAGGCCAUUCAGAUGGUGCUAACGCUGGAGCAGGCUGCCAACACCGAACAGUAUGAUGCCUCCCCAGGUUCACCCCCACCCCUCUCCAAUAUUCCCACCUUAGUGGGCUCCCGACAUAUGGGCAGCCUGCAGCCCAGAGACUGGGCAUACAUGCCCACUUCCUACACUACUGCUAAUUACACAGGCUUUGUGGCCAACAAGCACAGUGGGAAGCCCAACAGCCUGGGGAUCAUUAAUGGGGUGGAGAAGAAAAAUGGUUCCCCUGGACACCAGGCCAAGGUCAGCCUACAGAUGGCUACCAGCCCCAGCAAUGGCAACAUUCUGAACUCUGUAGCUAUCCAGGCUCAUCAGUACCUUGACGGCACCUGGUCCUUGUCAAGAACAAAUGGGGUCACCUUGUAUCCGUACCAGAUCUCCCAGCUGAUGACAGAGACUGGUCGAGAGGGGCUGACUGAAGCAGUGCUGAACCGCUACAAUGCAGAUAAACCCUCCAUGUACAGCUUCCCUGGUUCCCAGAGCACCUAUGUCGCCAGUGAAACUUCAACGGGCACCUCAGUGGCGGCCUCUUUUUUUGCCAGAGCUGCUCAAAAGUUGAAUCUAUCAUCCAAAAAGAAGAAACAUAGGCCAUCUACAUCAUCUGCGUCUGAAUCUCCUCUCUUCUCUACCAACUUCAGCAGUAUCCUUCAGACUUCCCCACCCCCCGCACCACCAUGUUUGCUGAGGGCAGUCAACAAAGUGAAAGACACCCCAGGGUUGGGCAAGGUGAAAGUCAUGGUGCGCAUUUGUUCCACCCUUGCCAGGGAUACGUCUGAGUCCAGCUCCUUCUUAAAGGUUGAUCCCCGUAAGAAGCAAAUUACUCUUUAUGACCCAUUGUCUUGUGGAGGCCAGAACACCUUCCAGAAAAGGGGCAAUCAGGUUCCCCCCAAGAUGUUUGCUUUUGAUGCAGUUUUCCCCCAAGAUGCAUCUCAGGCUGAAGUAUGUGCUGGAACUGUGGCUGAGGUGAUCCAGUCAGUGGUGAAUGGGGCAGACGGCUGCGUGUUCUGCUUUGGCCAUGCCAAACUGGGAAAGUCAUACACCAUGAUUGGAAAAGAUGAUUCCAUGCAGAACCUAGGCAUAAUCCCCUGUGCCAUCUCAUGGCUCUUCAAGCUGAUUAAUGAACGGAAAGAGAAGACUGGGGCCCGCUUCUCAGUCCGGAUCUCUGCAGUGGAAGUAUGGGGGAAAGAAGAAAAUCUGAGGGACUUACUGUCAGAAGUAGCUACAGGCAGCCUGCAGGAUGGUCAGUCCCCAGGUGUCUACCUUUGUGAGGACCCAAUCUGUGGCAUGCAGCUUCAAAACCAGAGUGAGCUCCGUGCCCCCACUGCGGAGAAGGCUGCCUUCUUCCUCGAUGCAGCGAUAGCCUCCCGCCGAAGCAGCCAGCGAGAUUGCGAUGAGGAGGAUCACAGGAACUCGCACAUGCUCUUCACUCUGCACAUCUACCAAUACCGAAUGGAGAAGAGCGGCAAAGGUGGCAUGUCCGGAGGUCGCAGCCGCUUACAUCUCAUUGACCUGGGUAGCUGUGUGAAAGUGCUCAGCAAAAACCGAGAGGGAGGCUCCGGACUCUGUCUUUCGCUGUCAGCACUCGGCAAUGUCAUCCUUGCCCUCGUCAACGGCAGCAAACACAUCCCAUACAAAGACAGCAAGCUUACAAUGUUGCUCCGGGAGUCCCUGGGGAACAUGAACUGCCGCACUACUAUGAUAGCUCACAUUUCGGCAGCGGCAGGGAAUUAUGCUGAAACACUGUCCACCAUCCAGGUUGCAUCCCGAGUCCUGAGGAUGAAGAAAAAGAAAACUAAGUACACAUCAAGUUCUUCUGGUGGUGAAAGCUCCUGUGAAGAAGGAAGAAUGCGGAGGCCAACCCAGUUGAGACCCUUUCAUUCUAGAAAUGUAGUUGACCCAGACUUCUCUAUUCUGCACCUAUCAAGUGAUCCUGAUUAUUCUUCCAGCAGCGAGCAGUCCUGUGACACAGUGAUUUAUGUUGGCCCCAAUGGCACAGCCCUCUCUGAUAAGGAACUGACAGAUAAUGAAGGCCCCCCUGAUUUUGUCCCUAUAGUUCCUUCUCUGCAGAAGACCAAAACUGAGGGCAAACUGGAGGAAGUGAGUGAGACAGACUCCAGCAAGUCUGAGAGAGACUGCCUGAAGUGCAACACCUUUGCUGAGCUACAAGAGAGGCUGGACUGUAUCGAUGGCAGUGAGGAGAGCAACAAAUUUCCGUUUGAAGAGCUGCCUGUUCAGUUUAGCACAGAUCAGAUGUCUAAGUGUCCUCUGCCAAGCCAAGUGGCUGGUCUUAGUCAUUUAUCAGCACCGGAUAAGGAAGAUGCAACCGCCGACUGUCAACCUGAGAAGGAAGUCAGGGAAAAUGUAAGUGCAACAACCAACAAAAUUCAGAGAAAUCAUUCUCCUGUUCCUCCUGGAGCUCUCACUAACAUUUCAACUCCUCCUUCUCCUAGGAGUGUAACUGGCAGCUCUAGUAAUCAGCUUAGCUCUUCCCAUUUAGCCCAUAGCACAAGCCUGCAGAGCAGCAGAGAAAGCCUCAAUUCCUGUGGCUUUGUAGAAGGCAAACCUAGGCCAAUGGGUUCACCACGGCUUGGCAUUGCAAGUCUUUCCAAGACAUCAGAGUACAAGCCUCCAACUUCUCCUUCCCAGAGAUGCAAGGUUUACACCCAGAAAGGGGUAUUGCCCAGCCCUGCGCCAUCACCCCUGAACAAGGAAUCUGGAAUGGUGUCUAGUGAAUCUUUGCUGCAGCCAGAGAUCCGGACCCCUCCAGUGGGAAUGAGUCCUCAGAUCUUGAAAAAGUCAGUAUCCUCCAGCAGUGGGGAUUUUGGAGAGACCAUUCUUGAUGAAGAGCAGGAACAAAAUAUUUCACCAGAAUCAAAGAAAGAAAUUCUGAGUACCACCAUGGUCACUGUGCAGCAACCCUUAGAGCUGAAUGGAGAGGAUGAGCUGGUGUUCACCCUGGUUGAAGAACUAACCAUUAGUGGAGUCCUUGAGAAUGGACGCCCGACCAGCAUCAUCAGCUUUAACAGUGACUGUUCUGUGCAGGCUCUGGCCUCUGGGUCUAGGCCAGUUAGUAUUAUCAGUAGCAUUAGUGAAGACCUCGAGUGUUACUCCAAUGCAGCUCCUGUUUCUGAGGUCAGCAUAACACAGUUCAUGCCGCUUCCAAAAUUAGGACUGGAUGACAAAGCCCGGGAUGCCAGCAGCAGACGCUCAUCCAUUAGCUCAUGGCUGAGUGAAAUGAGCACAGGGAGUGAUGGUGAACAAUCAUGCCACAGUUUCAUAGCCCAGGCGUGCUACGGGCAUGGUGAGGCUAUGGCAGAGCCCCCUAUUUCUGAGUUUGCAGGUGCCAUACAGAAUACUAGCAUGAUUUGUAUAAAUGACAAGCAAAAUCCAGUGACUGACAAUUUGCUCAUACUGUCAGAAAUGGGGGAGGAAACUUUCAGUAAAGUCCCACCCCUCAAGGGUUGCAAAAUAUCAGCCCUGGGGAAAACUACUGUCACAAUCUCAAACAGAGCAAGCCUAAGUGGUUGUGAAGGCUACAUCCCAAUGAAGACCAACAUUACUGUUUAUCCAUGUAUUGCUGUUAGUCCUUUUAAGGCACACGAGACUGAUGAGGCCACAUCUGCAGUAACUUCAGCUGCUAAAGUUGCUCAACCCCAUGAGGAGAAAGAGUCUAGUAUUAGGAAGGAUAUCAAAUUUGAAGACCCUUGGCUAAAGAGGGAAGAUGAUGUGAAAAAAGACAGCUCUAGGGCCAGCAAUGGGCCAAGGCUAGAAACUGCAGUUGGUCCAGCCAAGCCUGAGCAGAACAAGAAACAGAACUCAGCUGACAGAUUUAGUAGCAGCAGCGGGGAGACCUCUAGCUCCCCAGGUUCUGAUCCUCUGAAGAGAAUUGUGGAUGGGUGUGAGAUGGCACUUCCAAGUUCUGCAACCCAGAGCCCUGUUCAUUCCCUGGAUGCUCUGAAGAAUGGCAGUCUCCCUAGGGCCCUCCAGAAGGUCAGCAAGCAGGAGGAAAUUGAUGCUAUCCUCUAUCACUGUGCUGCUGAGAACAAUGGAAUGAGUUCUCCUUCUCUCUCCCAGUCUUGUAAGGCUACCCUAGAAAGAAGAAUCACUUCUCCCAAGCACUGCGUUCUCACUCGCUCCAAAGGAACUCCUCCACUGCCUCCUGUGAGAAAAUCAAGCCUGGAUCAGAAGAACAGGGCCAGCCCUCAGCAUAGUGCUUGUAGCAGCAGCACUAGCAGUUCAUCCAACCAACCGGUGUCUUUUCCGGCCAGCUUUCCUGAUGAGCUGAAUGGGAAGCAGAAGGGCUCCAGCACUGACACCAGUAGCAAUAGCAGCAGCAAGUUAUUUAGUGCCAAACUUGAACAACUAGCCAGCAGGACCAAUUCCCUGGGCAGGUCCACUGUGAGCCACUAUGAAUGUUUGUCGUUGGAAAGGGCAGAAAGCCUAUCUUCAGUAAGCUCCAAAAUGAGCCCUGGAAAAGAUACCACCAUGCCUAGGGCUGGGAGGAGCCUCAGCCGCAGUGCGGUGUCCUCACCAACAAACUCAGGCAUAUCCCAGUCUGCAGGUGCCUCACCAAAGGCCAGCCAAUCUAAGAUAUCUGCAGUUAGCAAACUCCUUUUGGCAAGUCCCAAGGCCCGAAGCUUGUCUGCUUCCACCACCAAAACAUUAAGCUUUUCUACCAAGUCUCUGCCUCAGUCUGUGGGGCAGAGUUCAAGUUUGCCUCCCAAUGGGAAGAACAUGUCCUGGUCAACUCAGUCCCUUAGCAGAAACAGAGGCUCUGGUCUUGCUUCAAAAUUGCCCCUCAGAGCUGUCAAUGGACGGAUUUCCGAACUGCUCCAAGGGAGCACAAGUGCCAGAGGUUUACAAAUGCGUGGAAACUCGGACACAGAUGAGCGAGGUGGCCUUCGUGGAGAUGAGAAACCAGCUGUUCAUAUGCUGCCUUCACCCUACAGCAAAAUCACCCCUCCGCGGAAGCCUCACCGCUGUAGCAGUGGUCAUGGAAGUGAUAACAGCAGCGUCCUGAGUGGGGAGUUGCCGCCAGCCAUGGGGAAAACAGCCCUAUUCUACCACAGUGGGGGAAGCAGUGGUUAUGAGAGUAUGAUGAGAGACAGCGAAGCAACAGGGAGUGCUUCUUCAGCGCAAGACUCUAUGAGUGAGAACAGCAGCUCUGUCAGCGGGAGGUGCCGAAGUCUCAAAAAUCAAAAGAAACGCUCAAACACAGGGUCUCAGAGACGAAGACUCAUCCCGGCUUUGUCACUUGAUGCAACCUCCCCAGUAAGAAAACCUGCCAACAGCCCAGGGGUCCGUUGGGUAGAUGGUCCACUGCGAAGUGCACAGAGGGGGAUGGGUGAACCCUUUGAGAUCAAAGUCUAUGAGAUAGACGAUGUGGAGAGACUCCAACGGCGACGAGGAGGGGACAGCAAGGAGCUGAUAUGCUUCAAUGCCAAGCUGAAAAUCCUGGAGCAUCGCCAGCAGAGGAUUGCUGAGGUCAGGGCCAAGUACGAGUGGUUAAUGAGGGAACUGGAGGUGACCAAACAGUACCUGAUGCUGGAUCCUAAUAAAUGGCUUAGUGAAUUUGACCUGGAGCAGGUAUUCGAGUUGGAUUCCCUGGAGUAUUUGGAGGCCCUGGAAUGCGUGACUGAGCGUCUGGAAAAUCGCGUCAACUUCUGCAAGGCCCACCUCAUGAUGAUCACCUGCUUUGACAUCACUUCCAGACGUCGAUAAAGGACCAACCUCAAGAAAAUUUCAAACUACUACCCCCCCUUCCUGCUCCUUUUGAACAGCACCAACAGAAUGAAGAUGAAGGUUGGUGUCAAGUUUUGACUGUGUGAGAGAGAAGAGACUGUCUUUAUAACACCGAAGAAUAGUAUAAAAAAAAACAAAUAUGUGAUGAACGCAACAACACUGAGAUGUAAGGAUGCCAAUUUCCCUAGCCUGAAAGAGCACUUUUAAGGACAUGUUUGUAAAUAAGAACUGGUGGCAGAAAUGACUUCUUCCCCUGUGUUAGCUGAGGGAGGGGAAGGAAUGGUUGUAAGAUGGACAGCUGUUGAGAGCUUCAUAAAAAAAAUAUUACAGAGAAAGACUAUUUAAGUGCCUUGCAAAUCUUUAUUAUCCAAACAUUUAUGUUCAUACUUUCUUGUGUACAUACGGUGCUAGUCAAAGGAAACAAAAUCAAACAUUUUUGAAAUGUAUUUACAGCUUGUUUUUUCUCUUGGUGUUUUCUCCUAUUUCAGACUUGCUGUUUCUAAGUAACUUGUGUUUGUAGAGAUAUUUCCUAAUCAGUACAGCAUAUGAAUAAAUGUUAACUGUCUUUUAUCGUUA